AUGAAUACUCUGCAAAAACGCGUCUCUGAGGCUCGCAAGAGCAUUGAGGGAUGGGACGGUGGCCUUUUAGGCGUCAUCCCCAUCGCCAGCAAAAUGCAAGGCGUGAAGAGUUCCACUGCCGAUACACGCAGGACCAUUGAGCAGUCUGAUGCAUUUGGCGAUGAGGACCAAGAUGAAGUUCUGGCAGCAUAUCAGCAAUUGCAGCCCGAAAUUGUGGGAGCGCUUAAUACUGCAGAGCAGAAGGUAUGUCAUUCCCCUCCCUAUUUAAUGGCCCGUAGUGCUGACCCGACCCAGGCGCCGGCUUUCAAAGAUGCGGGAGUGGCCUUCGUGGCGAGGGCUAUGAUGGAUGAUCUCAAGAGUGAGAAGGAGAAAUUCGAGACAACUAUGCAGGAGAAGGUGCCUGCUGAGAGGUACCGCAGCGCUGAGCCCAAGGUUGCUGAAGUCAAUGCUGCCUUUGAUAGCGCUCACAAGGCGCUCUCUGCUUAA